ACUUUGACAGAUUCUUAUAAGAUAUUUUGUUGCAUUGUACAGGAAGAGCACAUACAGAUAUUUUGUUGAAUAAUUUAUGUGAAGUUUUCAACUCAAAGUUGUUAGAUGCUCGAGACAAACCUAUAAUUACAUGUUUAGAAUAUAUUAGGGAAUACUUAAUGAAACGAAUUUGUAUUGUGCAAAAUGUGAUAGAUAAGUCUCAAGGGCCUCUUACCCCAACAGCCACAAAACUUUUAGAUGGAGUUAAGAAAGAUGCUUCUCAAUACACUUGCAUAUUUAAUGGUGCUGAGAAGACUCAAGUUACUGGGACAAUGGGGGAACAAUUUGUGGUUAAUUGGAGGGACAGGAACUGUAGUUGCAGGCAUACAGAGAUCACUGGGAUACCAUGCUCUCAUCUUGUUAGUGCCAUUUGGGAUAAGGUUGAGCAUGGGGCAAAAAAUGUCCCACCUCUUGAGGAGUGGGUACAUCCAUGUUAUAGGUUAAGCACAUGGAAUGAAAUGUACAAGUACAAAGUUCAACCAAUCAAUGGAAGAAGUAUGUGGCCAAAGUCAGAUUGCCCCACAACACUAACACCCCCCAAACAUACUACACAGGUGGGGAGACCAAAAAAGAAGAGAAAGAGAGCUCAAACUGAAGAACCAAAUAAUCAAGGUAAAAGUUUGACCAGGAAGUUCCUUACAGUUACUUGUAGCAAAUGCAAGAACAAGGGUCACAACUCUAGGAGUUGCAAGGGACAAGGGGGACAAACUGAAGUUAGAAAUGUGGUGGCAGGGGGCAAGAAGCUUAGCAAGGCAAAGAAGCAGGGAGAUGGAAAAAAGGAGAAACCCAAAAUGAAGGAGAAAACCAAACUUAAGGAUAAAUCCAAAAUGAAGGAAAAAGUUUGAUUUGUUGUCUUUUGUGUUG